CAGGGCUGAUCAGUUUCUGUUUACUGAGAAGUGAGUACUCACUGUGAGGAACCAGAGAAGGAACUAGGAAAAGAGAAGCUUCAAAAACUGCCAGCAAUACAAAACUGACCAUGCCCAGAGUGCGGACGCUGAAUGAACUGUCCAAGCUGCAGGAGUGUGGAUUUGGGACGCCGUGGCCAAGACAUGGCCUCAAACUGCUCUACUGGUUUGUUGACAAAUACCUCGAGUUUGAUGACGACAAUGAGAUGUGCUGGCGUUACAAUCCAACGAAAAGAAACUUCGGUUUCCAUCCGUUUGAGAACAGAUGCGAUGGGAACGUUCAGCUCCUGCCCAAUAUUGUCCUGCCUUAUUACGAGGUGGGGAAUCUGAGCAAACCGAAAGCACACAUGCUGCCCAAAUACGUCCGGAAAGAUUACACCGGCCAACAUGACGACAGUAAUACCGACCGCAUCAUUGUCAGCAUUGAUGGUGCGCACUUUGACAGAGUUUAUGUGACCGAGCACCUCGGCGAGUCAGACUACAACCAACACGGCACCUACCGCAUCAGCAAGAGUCUCAUUAAGAUCAUCCAGCGUUACACGCGGAGUGAGUUUCUAUCUGCAAUGGGUAUCUGAAGAUCAUUACAUAAACACCCUCGAUCGCUCGAUCUGAACAGCGUUUCUUUAUAAAACACUUCAUUCUAUUUUUACACCAGCAGUGUUCUCAAAUUCUCAAAUAAGACAUUGUUGAUUCAUUUUCUAUAAAAGCAGAUCUGACCGUAUCUCUGGCUGUAACAUAAAUCACAGGUUUAUAUCAAUGCGCUCAUUCUAAUACGUUAUCGUUUCUAUAGUAACAGCUCAUUCACAGGGACUUGCAGGAAUAUGGAGGACUAAGUGCGUACACUUGACCUAAUAAUAAACGGAUCAAGAAAACAUUGUUGAUAUGGUGAAAGUUUUGGAUAUUUAUUGAACUUUUACGGAAGGAGUUUCAAAGAUGUUCGACUUUAACUCAAAUUUUAAACAGUUAAAUAGUGUGACGUGUCAGUUAUUAUUAAACUAAUAACUGUAAUGGCAAAUUACUGUAAUAUAAGCUGGAUAUAUUACUUUGAGGAGUGCUGUUUUUAGGGCUUGGCUUGGCUUUUCAUUGGCUUGGAAUCAUCAUCACCCCUUUAACAUCAAGACUGUGAAUGAAGUGUUUUAUUCCUUACUUAUUCACAGUCUGUACUAUGAAGGUCUGUGCUAUGAAGUUGUUAUAAACCUUAUAAACACUUACAGUUUAAAUUCAGUCAUCAUCUCACCAAACAUAACCGAUAAUGAUCAGGAAACCAAAAGGAAGUUUGUGUUUUGCUCUUUUUCUUUUAUUUAAUUACUCUUAAUUCUUAUGAUGUUUGUGCUUCUAUUAUUCAAACUGAUUUUGGACGUUUCUAAAUCUACACGCAUAUGAAUUCAAAAAGAUACCUGGAAAUAUUGUGACUAGUGCCAUAUUGCUAUGUAAUAGUGAUCAGGUUAGUUUCUCUGCUGACGUUAUCAGCCCCGCCCCCGGGUGGGGAAAAAAAACUGCUCAUGUUCUCCAUGUUAUAGAUAUGUGGGUGGGGCUUCAUUUCAGGGAAGAAGAAAGCUUGUCAAUUGUUUCCUUGCAAUUAACCAUAAAAAUACAGACCUGUUGUUUUUUUUAAACGAUGUUUGUUGGUUAACCUUUUAAUUGGCUUUUAAUGAUGGGUUUGACUGUAUACAUUUCACAUCGAUGUUGUAAUGAAUGGAAUGAUAUAACAUUAUAACAAACAGAAAUAAAACCUAUUUCUUUAACACCA